ACAAUUGGCCACUUCAGAGUGGGAGAGGGGGAGGUGAAGACAGACGGGCAAACUGCAUCUCCUCCAGGCUGCUUCCCUUCCCUCCUUGUUUUUUCUCAGCCGAAGUAGCUUGGCAAGCCUGCUCUGGGUGCCUCCGAGCCCUUCCAGCAACACCCAGGCGAGUAGGGUGUAGUGUUGGCGGCCGGGCACCUGGCCCUCCCUUAGCUGUGCUAGAGCAGUCCCAGGACAGGACAUGUCAAGCUGCAACAGCGCCGGGGGCCCCACUGCCCUGGACUUUCCAGAAGUCCUGAAGUCCCUGCUGGAGUAUUCCUUACCCUGGGCCAACAAGAUGACAGAUAAAGAGAAGGAGAAGAUAAAGCUUGAGGAAGAUGAAACAGCUGCUGCCAGCACUAUGGCAGUCUCAGCUUCCCUUAUGCCACCCAUUUGGGACAAAACUAUUCCUUACGAUGGCGAGUCUUUCCACCUGGAGUACAUGGAUCUGGAUGAGUUCCUGCUGGAGAACGGAAUUCCUUCCAGCCCUACUCACCUGGAUUUGAACCAGAAUCCACUCUUGCCUGUGGCUGAGCUGGAAGGAAAGGAGUCUGCCAGUGCCUCCACUGGUUCUCCUGCAUCAUCCUCUUCCACUGCAGUUUACCAGCAAUCCGAAGCAGCCUCCAGCACAGAGUCCCCACCACAAAAUGAGAGAAAUACUCCCAGCCCCAUUGAUCCUGACUGCGUAGAAGUUGAGGUGAAUUUUAACCCUGACCCUGCUGAUUUAGUGCUGUCCAGUGUGCCUGGUGGUGAGCUCUUCAAUCCUCGCAAACACAAGUUUACUGAAGAGGACCUGAAACCGCAACCAAUGAUUAAAAAAGCCAAGAAGGUUUUUGUCCCAGAUGAGCAAAAGGAUGAAAAAUAUUGGACAAGGCGAAAGAAGAACAACGUGGCAGCAAAGCGUUCCCGUGAUGCUCGGCGAUUAAAGGAGAAUCAGAUCACAAUUCGGGCAGCCUUUCUUGAGAAGGAGAAUACGGCCCUGAGGACGGAGGUUGCAGAGCUGCGCAAGGAAGUGGGACGAUGCAAGAACAUUGUUUCUAAAUACGAGACCAGAUACGGACCCUUUGACUUAUCUGAUUCCGAGUGAUGCAACUUUAAAGACUUUUAAAAACAAAGAAACUAAAAAGCACAUAUGAAUCGCCAGUCUUCAGAGUGAGCAGUGAAAUCUGUGAGGUGUCCCAACACAAACAACUGACGAUGACCCUGCCUGCCUGCUUGCCUGCAAGUACUCCAUCUGAACUACCCAGGGCUGGGCAUGAUGAAAAGUGCAAAGUCUCCUUAAUUCUGUAUAUGGCUUUCUUAUCUGUCUUUCUCACUGUAACUAUGAACUACAAUAAGCUUACUUAAAAGACUCUCAGAGUUCAUGUCUCAAAGUCUGUUGACAAACCUGUGUGAACAGUGACUCUUUGUUUUGGCACUCGAGUGGAAGAAAAUAGGGAGUUUUAAAUGAAAGUGUCUGUAAAUAUUUAAAACUGCUAUAUUUUAUGACUCAUUUUCCCUGCAGUAGAAUGGAAUUUAUUUAAUACUGCAGCUCACUUCUGGUACAGUGUAGCAUUUUGUGGAGUACUGUGAGUGCAGAAUUAAAGACACUGGGAAAACAGUCUGUGACGUAUGAGACUUCCAGUGCAGAGAAGUACAGCAGAUGUACUGAAACAAUCCAGAAAGCGCCACAGUGUGCCACACAAAGAGAAGUAAUAAACCUCUAUCAAAUGACCCAUGUACUAGUAAAACACUUCAAAUGCUUUCCUGCUCCACAGCUACACUGCUGUAACCUGCCUUCUGCUUUAUUUCUUUUAUGAGGCUUACCUUCUUUUAUGGUAUCUUGCUGAAACAAGAUCUGUUCUUCUGUUAACGAUUUAACAAUCAGAGAAAAGGUGCUAGUCUGAGCUGCUGAUCCCCAUGUCUUUUUGCAGUCUGAAACUACCAAAUGAGUAUUGGCUCCACUGAAAUUAUGACUGUUAGCUGCCAUGUUACAAUUUUCUGUCUCUUGACUAUGUGAGAGCUGCGGUUGCAAAACAGUGCUCUGCUCUUCUGUUUUAUAAAACAGAAACAGCCAGUGAUUUCUCACAGUUACAGUGGGCAGCUUAAGUAUCAAGACCUUUGUACUGGUGUGGGAGAGUUGAUGAAAGCUUGGACAGAUUGCAGGCAUGUUUGUGUGUAAAAGAUGGAGGAAGUGGGUGCAAGUUCCUUUAUAAGAGUUGCAUCAGCGUAACAAGAAUCUGCGUUUAUAUUGAGGAUGCUUAAGAGCAAUUUGCUUGAGAAGGAGUACUUAAUUUCUGGGGAAGUGGUACAGGGCCAUGCUUGUAGCCAAUAUGGAGCUUGUAAGACAGGAGUGAAAGAUGAUUAGUGUAUUCAUACCUGGAGAUUUGAUAAACAGCAUACGCCUCAAGAAAAAUAAUUCUGAAAGCUUUCAGAAGCACAAGUGCCAAAAUUGAGGUGCAACUAAUGACCAGCAAAGCUCAACACUAUCAUGUUGAACCAGUAUUUUGACUUUGAUUAACCCAAGAGAUUCCACCUCUAAUGUCAGAGCAGAAAGGCAGAGAGAAAAAGGUCCAAAGAAGCAGCUAGUGUUUUAAACUUCAUUUAAAACAAUAAUAAAAAUCUCAAGCGCUAAAAUUUAACCGCUUUUGUGAAAGCCUUUUUAAAGACCAUAUACAUUAAAUGCAGUUAUCGAUCUAUUAUUUUUAAUGGACCAUGUUCUGAAGUCAAGAAAGUGUUUUUAACUAUUUUGCUGGUUACUAAAGUAUACUUACAAGUAUAGUAUUAUAAUUUGGGGUUCUAAAACUCAAAAGUAAUCUUGUGGUAUUCUCUUCAAAUAGAUGAAUAGUUUAGGUACGUGUUGCUGAACUGUCAGCAUAGAUCUCUUUGCGUAUGAAGUGUUGCUGAUUUGGACUGAUACUUUUGAUAUGUACUUUUUUUUUGUUGUUUUAUUUUGGUGAUCAAGGCCACACCGUAGAUUGCUUAAAAAAACCAAACAAUAACUCUGGCAGCAUGCAAGUGUAGCAAAUCUUUUUGAAUUUAUUAUUUCUUUAAAUUUAUUUCUAUAGAUUUUCACUGAGCUUUGAAUGGCUGUUCUUGAAAGUCAUGCUUCCUGUUUAAGUGAUGAAGUUAAAGGGUGUUGUAACCGGGCAAGGAAUUGCUAGUCCUUUAUUUGGGUCUUGCUGUCUUACUGCUCUAGGCAUAUCUUUUUAAUACUUACAUAUUACACAGGAUUUGGUUUUGCAGUAUGUGAUGUUAUUUUAACAGUGAAAUAUUCAGUCAGCGAGAAUAGUGUGUGCAAUUCUAUUAGCUUUUUCUGUUGUAUUUAAGUCUUACACAAUGGAAACUAACAGUGAAUCUUCAUUACAUCUUUCUCUCAGAGAAGGCCAUGAGCACAGUCUUGUGCUUCCCUGUAGGGCAGUGCAAGUUUGCAGGUUCUGCGAUUCAUUUGUCUAUGGGUUGCAAAACUGGAAAAAUCGCACUUUAGGGUGAGUGAGUCUUCACUUUUGUAGUUGGAGGAUUGUUUUUGUUAAGAAGCAACAUCUUCAAAGAUAGCUGAGAAGGUAGUAACUAUUUAAAGGAGUGUAGGUAUUGCCAGACAAAAGAAUUAUGUGCAAUGCUGAAUUACUUUCUUAGUUUUUGCAGUCUCAGGAAGUUAAGCAUACUGCUUCAGAGCUCUCUGCUCUUCUCGGAAUGAUUAACAAUGUAAUCUUGUUUCUUUGACUAGGAUGACAAUCCUAUCCUAAGUAAUAACUUGGGUACACUUUCAUAAUGGUCAUAAGAUGACCAGUAUUCUUAAUAGCUUAAUUUGAAUGUUAAAAGAUGAUGAAUUGACAGUUAGUCUAAAAUUCUCAGAGCUUUUAAAAUUCUCUGACCUUGGAACAUGCUCUGUAGAGGCCACAAGUGUGCCUGAUGCCAGUGUAUCCCAUUCCAGCCAUAAAGGGACCAUCUCCAAGGGAAGAUCUUUCACCUGUUGCUGAGAUCUGCUCCCACUGAAGCCAGUAACAAAGACCUCAUUAACUCCUACAGGAAAAAGUCUUCACAUUCACACAUUUAUUGUCAGAUUUUAGCAAGCGCUUGAGUCAUGGGUGUCUUUGCUUUACUCUGGAGCGUUUUGUGCUGGGAUUAGGUGGAUGUAUCUCAGAUUGCAGCUGUUGUAUUGGUUACCUGGCCCUAUUACUUGUUCAUGUACACAGUUAGUGAUAGUUUUGAUAUUCAGAUAAUCUGAUUUUUUUUUUUUUUUCCCUACGUGGGCAGGGUGAAAAAGUAGUGUAGGAUAACCUUGUGCUGGGAGAAGAAAUGAAAAUAAAAAGUUAAAUGUGGCUAUUUGCGAUUUUACACCUUUUCUGACAAUGUAACGUUUUACAACUUUUCUGACAAGUAAUGUUUUACACCUUUUCUGACAAUGCUUUAUUUCCCUGCUGCGCUGUUUGGAAGUCCGUCGUGUUCUAGCUGAGGAAAUCACUUUCAGCAGUAUCUGCAGGACUGCUACUAAUUGUACCAAAUUAAUUUCAAGUUGUGAGGUGCAGUGAAAGGCCAGCAGCUUUGGGAAUACUGUAAUAAAACCACUUGUUUAGAAAAAUAUUUUGUGUAGACAGCAGAAAUAAUGGACUUACACAGAAUAGAAUAUUGCUGCUUCAACCUUGUAAGCCUGCUCAGCACAACAGGGCUUUGUUCCUUGUGAUCAGAUGCCUUCAUUUUUAGUGGAGGUAUCUCAGACCUUAGUAAAAUCCAGGUAGACUUUGUUCACCCUUGUGGUUUUGGCUGCUAAGCACAAGAUGAGAAAGGCAAAUUUGUCUUAGUGCAUAAAUCUCAGUUGUUUUGGCAGCCUACAUCUAAAUCUGUAAACAGCAAAAUCAUUUAAUACUAGUGUUUUGCCUUUGCAGCGCUAUGAGACACUGUCUGACUUUCUAGAUUUUCAGAUAAUUACUCUGAUCUGUAUAUCUGCCACUGUAACACAGCAAAGAUAGAAAAACUCAGUGAAAAGCUGGGGAAAAGGUAGAAAGAACAGGUUUAACUAAAAUUCUGUGGAGAUGCUAACAUAAUGCUAAUUGAGAAAUUGGAAUGAUUUAAUUCAUGAUAACGCAGAUUUGUCAUGCAAUGUAAUUUGUUAAUUUGAUAGCGUGCUAUCCCAGAGUCACUUUUGGAAUGCCAGCUUCUAAAGCUCAAGCUGCUACAGGGAAAAAGGAAUCUUCUGAGAAAGAUACCUGUAAAGAUAAACGUAUAGAUACUUGGCAAGGAGAGUAAUGAAUGAAAGCAGGAAGAGAAGAGUAAUGUAAGAGUGUGACCUGAGCCAGAUUGCUAAAACUGAAGCCUCACUGUUUACAAUUUUAGUCAAAUAAUUUGGAACCCCUCAGGUUAGCAUCAUACAGUAGAUGUGUACUUGUUUAGGUUUUGGGAAUCUCCUUUUCUUGAUCUCACUUCAAUAGUGCAGAAGAAAGUGAGAGGAAUAUAUAGAUUGAAAGGAGAGUUUCUGCAGAAAGGCGUGAAAAAAUAGCUGUUGCUUUAACCAGGUGCGCUGUUGCACUGUGACUUGACCUGCCAAUGUGAACUGAUAGUGCUGUGUCAUGAGGAAAUUACUAUCAGAGGCCCCGAUAUUUUAAGACCUCAAUUCUGCUGUCAUUUCUGCAUGGGGUGAGCCCUGUAUCUGGAGAGAACCACGUGGACUUCACACAACACGAAGUCAGAAGGCUUCUUGUUCUUGAAUAUGAAGCUCUGCCCAGGCAGUCAGUUGCAGAAUUGCAUCCUUAACACAGGAUCAGUUGCAGUUGUAAUGCUGUUGAUGCGAAGUGUAAUUUGGGUGCCUGUUAUUUAGCCAAAACCCUUGUUACUUCAUUUUCCCAACUAAGGCAUGAGCAGAAGCCCUUUGCUGUACAACAUCUGUAAAAAAUAAAAAUGUACUUCACGUACGUCUAGUAAAUUAAGGCAUGUGAUAUUGGUCUGUGGGUCUCAACCAACUUUGCUUGUGUACCUUGCCUGAAUGUUUUCUUAGAUCCGCAGCUAUGUCUCAGUGAGAAGAUAUGGUGGGAUUUGUUUUUCUGAGAGGGCACAAUAGCAGCUCUCAUCUGUCACAUUGUGGGUGACCGCUUGCUACUGGCCAAGAUCAUGGAUGGGUGCAUUCCUCUGCACUUUUAUGUGAAGUUGUCUGAAAUACGGUGAUUAACAUGAUUAUUGGAAUACUGUAUUUUGUAUAACUUGGAACAUGUAAAUACACUUUUAAAACUAAUCUGUUCUAUGAAGUAAUAAAUAAGUGCUUCCAUUGUAAUAUCUGAAUAUUGUUAAUGCUUCAUGUAGCUUGAUUUGGGAUUAUCUUUUUCCUAGAGAACUACAGAAAUCAAAACAAAGAUCGAUGUUGUGGAAUUCUAGUCUAGUUGUGAUGCUUUCUAUCAACAAAAAUGUUUUUAAAAUAGUAAUGAGCUACUUAAGCAGAGAAACUGAGAAUUUGAGGGAAUGGAUUCUCUUCCAGUCUUUAUUUAACAGUGGUCACUCAUGAUAUUCAUUACGGUACUCUUCUCAUCCCAUUAACCAGAUGGUUGAUUUGUUGGUUUUGAAUAGCAUUUGGAAAUGAUUGGUAAAGCUUAGCGACAAUUAAAGGUAUUUUUUCUCCACUAUUCUCUCUUUUGGCUCUAACAGAUGUGUCUCCACCCUUCAGCCAGACCGCAGCAAGGUGCAAUGAAGCGACAAGUGACUGUUACUGAAGCUCAUUUGUAACCUAGAUAGUCUCCACCUCUAUUAGCUCUAUUAUGUACAUAGAUGACACAAGUAUCCUGCUGUGGAGAGAGAAAAUGAUUAAUGACUUGAGGUUUUGCUGAGUGCGUGUUCACUGGAUGCUGCACAAAUGGGACUUUCAUCAGCUUUCAUGACCUUUUCUAUCUUGUGUUAAAAGAAAUGAAACAAAACAGUGGAGUGAGAAUCGUGAGUGGUCUGUUAGGAAAUGUAAACACUUGGGUUUUGAGGAGGAGGUAAGAUUGAUCCAUCAGCCUUCAUGCAGAGAUUAGCCUGUGAUGACACUUUAUCCAGCCAUAACAUAACUUCUUUAACAGCAUAGUGGAGCAGCCUUCUUUCCGUUAACAGCUGGGUUUGCAGUGUUCUAUAAGUCACAAAGCCACAUCUUUUGUAGUGGGCAGAGAUGAUGGCAUUUCUUUUUUUUUUUCUUUCUUCUUUUUUCCUCCUCCCUUGGUGUCUCUAGGCUGUAAUGUAGCUAUGAGACCACUAAGCAUAUGUGCAAGUUAUUCAGAAAACUCUGUUCCUGUAAAGCUUUUUGAGAGAGACAGUCUUUAACUGAAUAGUUGGAGGAAACUUAUCUGCCAUAUUGGGCCUGAAAUUCUCUUACCUCUUGGAUAAAAGGUUUUGUUGUUUUUUUCCUGAUGUGACACUCGUCUGUCCCAUUCAUUCAGUGGGAUGGAUGGUAAAUCUGCACAGUAUUUAUGUAAAUCAGAUCUUAGUUUUAAGGCAUGUUAAAUUGUUUAAUCUCUUGGAUGUCUACUCCAUGAGGUUGUCUAUGUAAUUCCUGUCAACGUAGCUGCUUUUUGAAGUAGUCCAUCAAGUGCAUCUGAGAUCAUCCUGACUGAAAGAUUCUAUAGAAAUUAAAAGACGAAAUAAAGAUUGUAAAGUGGCUGGCUAAAAUUGUAUUGCCAUAAAUGGUUUUAAUUUAUAUGUGAAUCUUUUGUCCCAAACCACUUAUUUUGUACAUAAACGUAUGCACUCCUGGCAGCUGAUGGGUGAAAAUAAAGGUGCUUAAACAGCAAUCUAAUGAGGAAAGGGCAUUUCACUGUUGCAGAGUUGGUAUUAUUUUAUAUUUCCAUUUAUUAUACUUUUUUAAAUGUAUAAACCACAGAUUUCAAUUCUUAAAGUCUUCAGCUGGGAUUUUGUGAGUAGUUUAAAUUCUUUCACCUCUCUGCUCGUAACUGGUUUUUAAGAAAAAGAGAAGCUUUUGUUUAAAAUGUAAAGUUUUGACUGUAUUAAAUUCUAUUAGUACCCUUCCUUUUUAAGAAAUAAAAUGUAUAU